AUGUCGAGUCCCGCCAAACCUGGCCAACCGCGCUGGAACGCUUAUCGGAAGCCUAAUUACCACCUCGACCGGUGCGCUCGCUUGAUAGUCAAUGGAGGUACUACUGGUCUUCCGAAACGCUCCAUGUUCACAUCGCCAAAUGUACCGGACUAUAAAAACCCACCAGAUCAUGCAGUUAUAACUCUCAAGAAACUGUCUGAACUCAUAAAUACCUGGCUGUAG